UCCGAGCUAAAUCAUUUUCCCUGGCCGCUAUCCAUUUUUUAAAACGAGUAAGCAGCGAUUUGAAUCCUUGACCGCCGCCGUUGGACAAUUAGCUACGCUCGGCUGAACACGGGAGCGAAGCAAACAACUUAUAGCACGAGGUUGUCACCGGCGCAUUCGAUACGGAUAUCAUAAUUUUUCGUGGUCUAAAAUUCAGAACUAUCAGUUUUCGAAGCAAGAUGGCAGACGAAAACUGCGCUGAGCCGCUGACCACACAAAAGCGCCAUUGUCACUACGAUGAUGUGUUCAAGCACAUCCGGUCAUUUGGUCGUGUGCAAAUUCUGCUCUAUUUGUCAAUGUCCUUUCUUGUCACCUUGAUGGCAAUGCAGUAUGGGUUACUGGUGUUUGCCAUGGGACCGCCAAGAUUCUACUGCGCAGACGUGAACAGCACGUGUCCAGAAGAUAAUGUGUGUUGCGCUAACUGUACGACGUACGCUUACGAGGAAGGCCAGUUCACCUCCACUGUCACUGAGUGGGAUCUGCUGUGCGACCGCGCCUACCUGGCGGCCACCAUUCAAUCUUGCUACUUCGCUGGGAUGUUCUUUGGCGCCAUCACUGGUGGAUGGUUGUCUGACAACUUUGGCCGGAAACCUACCAUGUUCAUUGGAGUAGGAGUAAUGGCUCUGGUCUCUCUCGGGUCUUCCUUCUCCGACGCCAUCUCGCUGCUCUCGCUGCUUCGUUUCGUCAUCGGCUUCUUCCAGAUGGUUCUGAAUGUGACAUAUUUUGUGUACGCCAUCGAGAUCUUGGGCCCGAAGUACCGCACCCUUGGAGGGCAGCUGUGCUCUCUUUUCUGGUUAUUUGGCUACUCGACAACAGCGGUGUUCGCGUUUUUCAUCAGAGACUGGAGAAUGCUGAUAGUCGCCGUGAGCAUCCCAGGGUUGCUCUUUGUUCUCCUGUGGAAGAUUUUCCCCGCCUCCCCUCGGUGGCUUAUCGCGCACAACCGGUUGGACGAAGCGCAUUCUAUCUUGCUCAAAUUUGGUAGCAGAGACUCUAAACCUAUCGACGAGCAAGCGCUCAGAGAACUAAUUGAAGACGUUAGAAGAGACCAACUGGAACGGCACAAGAUGGACGACAAGAGAUACACGAUGAUGGACCUCGUGCGAACACCGAAACUCAGGAAGAGAUCAUUCAUCUUGUUUUAUACUUGGGUGGUGUGUGCCAUUGUUCACUUCGGAUUCUUCCUCUACGUAACGAGCCUGACCGGAAACCUGUACAGCAACUACGUCAUCAUGAACGUAAUCACCUUCCCUAAAGCGCUCGGCUUCAUUUACGUCAUGAACAAGUUUGGACGUCGCAUUCCCUACAGCGCGUGCAUGUUUUUGUCUGCUUUAUUCUGCCUCCUCAUCCUCGCCAUACCAAAAGACUAUUUCUUGACCAUAACAGUCUUCGCCAUGCUUGGAAAGUCCUUCAUGAGCGCCCAGUUUCUCAAUGCAUUCCUCUACGGCACGGAGCUCUUCCCGACUGUCGUCAGAUCUAACGCUAUCGGUUGUGGUACGAUGACGUCACGGCUUGGUGGAAUGUUGACACCGUACAUCGCAAUGCUGGGCCAAUUACCAAACUAUGGCGUAUACGUCCCUGCUACCAUAUUUGGUGUUUUGACGCUUGUUGGGGCGAUCAUGUCGCUAUGGUUACCAGAGACGCUGUUCGCUAAGUUAUCACAGACAGUGGAGGAAGCCGAGGCGGCCAAAGAGGACUUCUCCAUCAUCUGCUGGGGACAUCACAAGAGACGCAAGCGAGAGGCGGAAGACCUAGGCGAUGAUUACAUCAAGGAUACUGAGAUAUGAGCUUCCAGUGUCAUCGUGUAAAUAACCAGCUGACACUUCUCGUAAAAACGAUCGUUUUAGAGGGGGUGCAUGAUCUGGCACUAUCCCGAAGGGGAGGGGCGCCAAUAUAAAUCAUAUGAUUAGAUGUCAAAUUAUGGAUUUUAACUCACAUAAUUUCUUAUAACAUUUCAGGAGGUACCUUCCCCCCUACCACAUAUAAAAGCUUUCAGGGCAUGCUUGGACAUUUUUUUUUAGUUUAAUCGUUAUACGGCUAUACGUGGAUUUUGUAUUCAUUCGUUUUGUUUUUCCUUGAAAAAUAGGCAAAGAGUGUUCAUUUAGUGUAAUAUAUAUGAUAAGUGUUGCGGUUAUUGUGUCAUAACCAUUUCCAAGAACAACAACAUAAUGUUACAUACUUCUUCCAUACACGAUAUCCACGGG